AUGGUGAGAAAAGACACGGCCCCCAAGAGGAGUUUCACAAUGAUCAUUAAAGUGACUUCUGCUGCUGUGUGCCAGACGAGCAGGGCGGGGGGGAUGAGUUGUAUUUUUGCUCUAUCCCGAAGUCUGGGUGAAAAUCCAGUUCUUCUGGAGCAAUUUUCAGUUUGCUUCUGCAGUCUGCAAGGAGUGAUUCCAAACUUGGACUGUAUCAGAAAGAAAAUAGAGGUGCGCGCCCCUUCUUCCGCCCGGCUUCCUUCUGGCUUCCGCCUGCUCCCCCCCACCCCGCCUUCUCCCGAGGCCUGGAAGCUCGCGAAGCCGCGCAGAGCGUGGGGCGUGUACCCCGGAGGUAUGGCCUCCGCCUCCGCCCCGGCCUCCGUGCGUUUCCCUGAUGUCCUCAUUUAUCUGGUCGAACCGCGCAUGGGUCGCAGUCGCCGGGCCUUCCUCACACGCCUGGCGCUGUCAAAAGGUUUCCGGGUCCUGGAUGCCUGCAGCUCAGAGGUGACCCACAUGGUGAUGGAGCAGACUUCAGCCAAGGAGGCCAAGGGCUGGCGGGAGUGCAGGGCAGCGUCUGUGCCCCCAGGCUGCCCCGGCCCGGCUCUGCUGGACAACGGUUGGUUCACAGAGAGCAUGGCUGCAGGGCAGCCAGUCCCCGUGGAACCCAGGCAUCGCCUGGAGGUGGCCGAGCUGGAGGAAGAGCCCCCAAGGCUGGGGCGGGUGCCCAUCUAUGCCUGCCAGUGGCCCACGCCCCUCCCUCACCACAAGACCGCUCUCUCGGAGGCCCUGGAGACGCUGGUGGAAGCAGCCAGCUUGGAAGGCAGCGAGGGCCGCCUCCUGUCUUUCCGCAGAGCGGCCUGGGUGCUCCAGGCGCUGCCCUGCCCUGUCACAGCGCCAAGCCAGCUGCAGGGGCUGCCCCACUUCCGAGAAUAUUCCUCCAGGGUGGUCCAGGAGCUGCUGGAGCACAGGGUGUGUGAGGAGGUGGAGCUGGUGCAGAGCUCAGAGAGGUUCCGGACCAUGAAGCUCUUCACCCAGAUCUUUGGGGUAAGGGUGAGGACUGCUGACCGCUGGUACCAAGAGGGCUAA